UGAAUGGAGGGUGAGAGGGCCGAUUCACCGGCGGGGCCCUGCUGGGGAGGUAUUUGUACAGCGACGCGCCCGCGGCUUCUCCGCACCCAUGCCCCCCCGGAUAAGGUGCACUAUCCACUUUCGGCGCCCUCGCAGCCUGCCCCGGGCCUGGGCGCUGGGCUGGCGCAUCCUCCGCCGCGUUUUCGGGGCUCUGGGGUUGCGCUGGCCGCGGCGCCUCGCCCUGCAGCUGGUCCUGCGGCGGAGGCGCCGCGGGAGCCCCCGGCCCAGGUGAUGAUGCUGGGCAGCCCGCGGGUGGCCGAGCUGCUGCUGCGGCGCGGAGCCGACCCCAAUCGCCCCGACCCUCGCACCGGCUGCCUCCCGGUUCACGACGCGGCCCGCGCCGGCUUUCUGGAGACCCUGGCUGUGCUGCACCGGGCCGGGGCGCACCUCCACCUGCCCGACGGCCGCGGCCGCCUGCCCCUCGACGUGGCGGCGGGGGGCCCGCACGGAGCGGUGGGGCGAUACCUGCGCGACCCGCCGCCCCUUCCAGGAGCCGCGGGGGCCGCCGAGAAGGCUGAGCGCUGACCCGCCCCGGCCGUCCCGCUGAGUUCUUGUCCCCUCGUCCCCUGCAGCCCCCCGCCCCCUUGAGUAUCCUGCCUCUGAGUCACCACGGUUGGCGGCGCUCCCGAUAUCCGACUGACAGUUGUGUCCAGCGCGUCCUGGGCAUUCCGGCUCCGGCUUCUGCUGCUCAAUU